AUGGCUCGAGGGGCCAUAUUUGAUGCAGCCCAAAUAGACCAACCAUCCAUACUGGAGCCCAUCUUUAUUUAUGGCCAAUUUGACUCUAUUUCUAAUUAUUCUGACGUUUCCAAAUACAACCUCACAACAGGAAAUUAUGGACUGUGGGCCCUGAGUGCUGACAACGACUCGAUUGUCCAAUUGGAAACCACCACGGCUACCAACCUAUUUAAUCUGAAAGAUACAUCUCUUAUUUACCUGGUCGACGGCCAACCGUUCAUAUACGACAUCGAAGCAAAAAACAGUACACCUGUGCGAAAUUGGGACCAAGUUGAAGGAAAUGUCUCGAGCGUUCUUCUUUACGAUAACGAGAUCUAUUUUGGUGGAGAUCUCUCUUAUGACAAUGAAUCUGGUGUGGUGGUAUACAACCUUUUGAAUGAUACUCUGGCAGGUACUCCGUUCGGUGGAUUCAAUGGCGCAGUGAACACCAUGAUCCAUGGCAGCAACAACAGCAUUGUAUUUGGAGGAGAUUUUGAUUCCAUUGGCUUCCCAGACCUUUUGGCUACCAAUGGCAGCAACUCGACGUUGGUGGACCCAGAUCAGUUGAUCAGUUUCAGGUGGGCCCAGAUAUCAAGCUCUUCUGGCUCAGGUGCACAAAGUAUUGUUUGUCCCUCAGAUCUAGCCCAAUGGACGCUGGGAGAAGGGGAACAGGGGUCGUGGUCUGCGGUACUGCCGAAUGCUGUGCAACCUUCGAAAAUACGCUUAUACAAUCUACCCGACGAAAACGGAGCGAGUCUUUUCAGAGUGAUAACGCAGCCCGCAAACGGCAUCAUGAAUCUGUCGUAUAUUGAUCCUGACUCGCUUGAGACGCGGUACUGCGAUGCCUGGUGCCCGCUGCUGCCGAAUACAAAUUUAUCAGCUUCAAUAGACCAGCACGAGGACGUGGUCAACAAUGGAUUUUACACCACGGCAAGCAACGUGACGGCUGGCUGGGUCGGGUUUGGAGAAAACUACCAGGAAUUUGAAUUUGUUAAUACUCUGCAGGUCAGCGAAAUAUCGAUCCAAGUUCUUGACAAUUAUGGCAGCUAUGCAGGAUUGUCUGGUUUUGAGAUGUUCCAAUACGGAACUACAAUUUACGCUAAUAACACACUCAACGAGCCAACGUGCUCCAAUAUCGAGGAUUACUCAAAAGCGUCCAAUUUAGGCGACGUGGACUGGGCUUCCGCACAAGGCUAUUUGACCACUACCAUCGACAGCUCAGAUAUCAACGGCCAAGGUAUCAGAUACCAUCUCAAUAUCACCUACUCCGGAAACUACUCAGUUUUUUUGUACACACCGGGAUGUUUGGGCGACGACUCGUGCGACAAAAGAGGAAUUGUCAACGCAUCAUUUUAUAAUAGUGCCGAGCUCCUGAGCAGCAAACUGGUCUACCAAACCAACAAUGAGGAAAAAUACGACAUAAUAUACUCGGGCUACAUUGAUAUGGAGGCUGACUCCCAAGCAUAUCUUGACGUCACCAUUGACUCUGCGCUUUACAGUGAUGAUGUCACUUUUGUCGCCGGCUCGGUUUACGCUGAGUUUAAUGGUCUGGAUAUCAAAAAGAUAAUAAGGAAUAAGUUGAACGGUCUAUUUGGAUAUCAACCGGGAUUCGAAGGACCGUUUGGUAAUUCUUCCAUUGAUCUGCUGGGACAAAAUUUAACUGCAAACGCAAACGUCACUGGCUUGUAUCUCAAUAAUACAGUGCUCUACGUUGCUGGAGAUUUUGAGUCGAAUUACGGCGAAAACUUAAUUGCCUUUGACACCAGUACAGCAGACAUUGAGGACAUUGCCGGUGUCAGCGACCCUGUGAGCCAGCUCCUAGCUGUUGAUACAGAUCUGGUGCUGGUCUCGGAGGAUCAAAAUGUCGGCCUAUUCAACGGUAGCUACCGGGAGCUGGCAGUCGUUGACUAUCCGUUUUCUGCUACCACGUUCAACUACAACUCCUCAGAGUACAUUUCGCUGAUAUCCGAAAGAAACACCUCAAUAUACGAUUACGACACGCAAACUUGGACCACUUCGGACCUGCUUAGGCUCAAUAUCUCAAAAGCCGUCGAAAUUGACGAUGUCGACUUUGCUGUUGGACAGGUUGUGAAAUAUGACGCCAGAUCAAUUAAUGUCGCGCAAAUCAGAAAUGGGUCAACCUUCUCUUUGGAUUCAAUCAAAUCUGGAGAAAUAUACACGGCAAUGUAUUUGAACGAAACACUUAUCUUGGGCGGAAACUUCACCACCAUAGACGAAAAGAGAAAUUUUGUGAUUGUCAAUGGCACCACCCCGAACAUAAGUUUCAGCGACAAUUCGGCUGUAAGAGCGCUGUACAGCUACAAAGACGCCAUAUAUGUGGCCUUUGAUGGAACCGCCUCCAUUAAUGGUACAUCUGGCUCUGGCUUAUGGGUGUACAACACCACCUCGCAGGAUCAUAUUUUCAUGUCUGACAGAUUGACGGGAAGCGUCAACACUCUUAGUGUCAAUCCAAAGGACAGCAGCGUGGUACUUGGAGGAAACUUUACAUCUAGCCGAUGCAGUUAUCUGUGUUUCUUCAACCCGCAAAAUAGGACAUUAUCCGCGCCGUCCAGCCAGGUUUCUGGAGAAGUGACACAUCUGCAGUAUUUGGACACCUUGAGCAUUCUCGUGAGCACUAACUCACCUGAGCCGUCUCUAAGGCUUCUCAAUCUUAACACAUCUUCUGUUGAAUCCAUGAACUACCUGAAUAACGUCUCCCUACCGGGAAACGUCAAGAAAUUUAUGGUUCCUGGAUCGCAUCUCGAGGACACGGUGAUUGUCAUGGGCGAUAGCUACAUUGGCUCGAUCAGAGGAAGCAGCUUCAACCAAAUUGGGGGAUAUGGGUCGAACACCACCUUCAGCGACUUUGAGUUGGUCAACUCUUCCUCGUCGUUCGUCGACAACCAAGUUUUGGUAGCUACAGGAAAAAUUGUACUUCCCGCGUACGGUACCGCAAAUCUUGCCGCUUACAACGGAAGUUCGUGGAUCCCGCUUGUGGCUGCUGGGCAGAGCUUCAACUCGACUCUAGCCACGAUGAAAGGAGUGGUGAAAAGCUUCAGAACAAUUAAUUAUGCCACCAAUACCACCAACUCCUCCAGUUCCUUGCCAAGUACUCAAACCAGUUCUCCACACUCUCAGAGCAAGGGCACGAGCCAUCUCACCAAAGGACAGGUUGUCGGCGUUGGGCUGGCGUUGUCUGUUGGAACCAUGUUCCUGUUCACAGCAGCAGCGGCUGGAUUAUACUACGCAAGUAACAGAGCCACCAGAACUGCGCCGCUGCAUUCCAGAGUGGGUGAGGACAAGAUGAUGCAAGCCGUUCCGCCAGACCAAGUGAUGAACAAUCUGAAUAAAGCUAAGGCUUCAUAG